AAAAAUAAAAUAAUAUAAAAUAAAAAAAACUAAUUUAAUAAAAAAAUAACAAACACAUCAUAUAAAAAUGGCUUCUGAAAAAAAAUACGAAGGAACCGCAGUCGGUAUCGAUCUCGGAACUACUUAUUCUUGUGUCGGAGUAUUCAUGAACGACAAGGUAGAAAUCAUUGCAAACGACCAAGGUAAUAGAACUACCCCAUCAUAUGUUGCAUUCACCGAAACUGAAAGAUUAAUCGGAGAUGCUGCAAAGAACUAAGUAGCAAGAAACCCUACAAACACAAUCUUUGACGCCAAGCGUUUAAUCGGAAGAAAAUUUAAUGAAUCUGUAGUAUAAAAAGACAUUAAAUUAUGGCCUUUUAAAGUUGAACCCGGUCCUGAUGAUAAACCUAAGAUUGUCAUAAAAUAUAAGGGAGAAAUCAAAAAAUUCCACGCUGAAGAAAUCUCAUCUAUGGUUCUCGUUAAAAUGAGAGAAGUUGCCGAAGCUUUCUUAUCCAAAUAAGUUAAAAAUGCAGUCAUUACAGUCCCUGCCUAUUUCAAUGACUCCUAAAGAUAAGCCACUAAAGAUGCCGGUUCAAUUGCCGGUUUAAACGUCUUAAGAAUUAUCAAUGAACCCACCGCAGCUGCCAUAGCUUACGGUUUAGAUAAAAAAGGAAAAGGUGAAAGAAACGUCCUUAUCUUCGAUUUAGGUGGUGGUACUUUCGAUGUCUCCUUAUUAACUUUAGACGACGGUAUUUUCGAAGUCAAAGCCACUGCAGGAGAUACUCAUUUAGGAGGAGAAGAUUUCGAUAAUAACCUCGUAUAAUAUUGCGCUGCUGAAUUCUUAAAAAAGAAAGGAAUCGAUAUUAGAGAUAACCCAAGAGCCAUGAGAAGACUCAGAACUUAAUGCGAAAGAGCGAAAAGAAUUCUCUCAUCUUCAGCUUAAGCUACUAUUGAAGUCGAUGCACUUGCAGAAAGUGAAGAUUUCAUGUUGAAUAUUUCUAGACCUAAAUUCGAAGAAUUAUGUCUUUCUUAAUUCAAAGAAUGUAUCCCUCCAGUUGAAAAAGUACUCAAGGAUUCCGGAAUUUCUAAAAAUUAAAUUCAUGAAGUCGUCUUAGUUGGAGGAUCUACAAGAAUUCCCAAAAUUAUUUCAAUGAUCUAAGAAUUCUUCAACGGAAAAGAACCUAAUAGAUCUAUUAAUCCUGAUGAAGCUGUAGCUUAUGGAGCAGCUGUCUAAGCCGCUAUUUUAACUGGUUGUACUUCAGAAACUGUCUAAGAUGUCUUAUUAUUGGAUGUCGCUCCACUUUCAAUGGGAAUUGAAACUGCUGGUUAAGUCAUGACAGUUCUUAUCCCAAGAAACACUACUAUUCCUACUAAAAAAUCAUAAAUUUUCACCACUUAUGCUGAUAACUAACCCGGUGUACUCAUUUAAGUAUUCGAAGGUGAAAGAUAAUUAACUAAAGAUAACCAUUUAUUAGGUAAAUUCAACUUAGAAGGUAUCGCUCCUGCCCCUAGAGGUGUUCCUUAAAUCGAAGUCUCCUUCGAUAUUGAUGAGAACGGUAUUUUGAACGUCACAGCAACUGAUAAAGCUACUUCUAAGACUAAUAAAAUCACCAUUACAAAUAAUAAAGGAAGACUUUCUCCUGAAGAUAUUGAUAGAUUGGUAAAAGAAGCCGAAUAAUACAAAUCUUAAGAUGAAUAAAUCAAAAAAAAAAUCGAUGCGAAGAACAGCUUAGAAAACUACACUUAUUCGGUCAGAAAUACAUUAAAGGAUGAAAAAUUCAAAGAUAAAUUCUAAGGAGAUGAAAAAUCCAAAGUUGAAAAAGGACUCGAAGAAACAUAAAAAUGGCUCGAAGCUAACCAUGAUGCUGAACCUGAAGAAUAUGAAAAGAAAUUAAAAAGUUUAGAAGAUCUCUUCAACCCUGUUAUGGCUAGAAUAUAUCAAGCUACAGGUGGUGCUCCUGGUGGUAUGCCCGGCGGUAUGCCCGGUGGUAUGCCCGGUGGAUUCCCUGGUGGAUUCCCUGGUGGAGCAGGUGGAGCAGGUGGCGCUGGUGGAAAUGCCUCUAAUGUCGAUGAAGUAGAUUGAAAUUAAAUUUUAAAUACAUUUAUUUUUUUUAGUAUAAAAUAACAAAAAUUUAUUAAUUAGUGUAUUUUUGUAAAUAUAUUAAUUAAGUCUUUUAUGUUUUUUUUAUAUUUUUUUGUUUAAGGUUUUAUAUCUCUUUUUAAAGAAAACUUUUUAUAUUACAAAUAAUAUUUUUAAUUUUAUU